AUGAAAUUUGCUCUAAGGUGUAAAUUAUGGCUUUUAAUUUAUCUUAUAUUUUUUGUUUUGGUUGUUUACUCAGCUAUUUUGAGGCCCCUAAUCUUUACUUCCUUCACCACCAACACGGUAUUCCUCGAUUCUCUAAAAACGACUUCUAAAAUCACAUCUUUUUUUACUACAAUUUUCUCAUUCGUACUCUUAACAAUGGGCUAUUACCUAAUUUCAUCAUAA